ACUAUAGCAUCCGGCUGACGCACAGCAACAGCCUGACGGCCAUUUCGAAUAUGCCCGUGAAGGAGCUGGUUAAUCAUGGACUACACCGCCCAUGUCAACGUAUUUGGUGGCAUUUGUCAUAUCCAAUUUUGAUCACAUCUCGGAGACAUAUCGAGGUGUUACACAGUCGAUCUAUUCGUCGCCCACCAGCAAGGACAAGGGUCGCUCCGCUUUGAAGAAUGUUGUGCUCACCGUGGCAGCUCUUGAGGAUUACUUUGGCGUUAGCUACAUGCUGCCCAAGUUGGAUUACGUGGCACUGAAGAAGAAUCAAGGUGCCGCCAUGGAGAAUUGGGGUCUCAUCACGUUCAGGGACGACAGCCUCUUGUCGCAAGACGACGCGGACAAGCAUAAGACAUUGAAACACAAAGUAAUGCAGAAUCAUGAGAUAUCGCAUCAGUGGUUCGGCAAUCUGGUAUCGCCGGAAUGGUGGUCCUACGUCUGGAUGAACGAGGGGCUGGCCACCUAUUUUUCCUAUGUCAUCACGGACUUGCUUCAUCCCGAGGACAAUGUGAUGGAAAUUUUCAACAGAGACGAAGCCGAGCACGCGUAUAGCUACAGCAGCUUUUUCGAUGUGCGUCCAAUGACUUAUUAUGUGGAAACCGAGAGCGAGAUUAUGAAAGUGUUUGAUAUUAUAAGCUAUAAGCGUGCCGCCUGCGUCAUCAAGAUGUUUCACCACGCCUUCCACCAGAAGACCUUUGUGCAGGGCAUUAAUCGUUAUCUGAAGACAUUCCAAUACAGCGUCGUCAGCGAGAUGGAUCUGUUCGAUUCAAUCCAAGGGGCUGUCUUGGAGGAUCCACGGUUCCAGGACCAGCACUGGAAGCACCUAGUCCGUCACAUCAUGCUAUCCUGGACGCACAGCGAAUGGCUGCCAAUUGUCUCGAUCGUCCGGAACUAUGAAAACAACACGAUCACGCUGAGACAACGUUCCAUCCACUCCAAGACCGAGCACUGGUGGAUCCCAUUGAACUUUGCCACUACCCAAUCGCCCAGCUUUGAGCAGACGCAUGUCGAAUUCUUCAUGCCACCCGUAAUGGAGCACACGGUGACUGUGGAGGAGCUGCGACUGCAGUUGGCCGGCCGCGACUGGCUGAUUGUCAACAAGCAGCAGACGGGCUUCUACCAUGUGCUCUAUGAUACGGACAAUCUGCACGCCAUUGCCCGCCAGCUGCAGAGCAAUCAUUCGGUUAUACAUGCCAUGAAUCGGGCAGCGCUCUUCCAGGAUCUGGCGCCACUGAUCGAACGGAACGAAUUCGAAUCGGUGGAUGUGCUUUUUGAGCUGUUCAAGUACUUGGAGUUCGAGGACGAUCUAACGCCCUGGAGUCAAGUAGCCAACACCAUUGAGUUUUUCGACAACAAUCUGUAUGGCACCACCGCCUAUUCUCUGUUCAAGCAGUACGUGCGUCGCCUGGUCACGCCCACAUUUCUACGCCUCUUUCACAAGGAUAAGACAGAGGUGGUCACCAUGGAUAUACUGGUUCGUACGGAUAUCUUGCACAUGGCCUGCCGUGUGGGCAUGCCGGAGUGUCUCGACUACACGCAUCGUCUGGUGCUCGAGUACGUCUUCAAGAACAUCAACUUUGAGAGCGACUAUCCGGACUAUUAUGCCAUACACGAUACCAUUUUGUGCAUGGGCGUGCGACAGUUGAGCGACGAAGAGUUUCAGAAGCUCAUCGAUUUAUUGAUUGUCACGGACCCAAACACCGCCAUGCACGACGACUUGAUUUACUCGCUGCGCUGCACGCGAAAUCAUCGCCGCAUGCAUCACUAUCUGAAUGUGUUGGUGGGCGAGAACUUUACCUAUAACUUGCUGAAUGAGCGGGAAUCCAUGUUUUAUCUAGCAUAUGUUUUCAAAUCGAAUGUGGCAUCACGCUCGAGCAUCUGGCAUUUCAUUAAUCAAAACUAUAAGCAGCUCGCACGAUCGCCCCACUUUGUGACGCUAUUUAAUGAUAUUGCCGAAUUUGUGCCAGAGCGUCAAAGACCCUACUUCGCCACACUCCAUCGAAAUAUUGAUGCGUAUCUGCGAGCUGAGCAUCUGAGCUCCAAAGAACCUUUAAUACCAGUAGAUUCGCGGCGAGUGGGCAAAAAGAUCCGUAAUAGCGAAGAGUUUUUGGAUAAAUUCGAGCACCAAAUACAUAACUGGCUGCUCAAGGAACUGUCUCCAGCUGGCAGCGAUGGCACCUAUGCGGCCUCCUUCAGCGUGGGCAACGGCUCUGCUCGGCCCUCGAGUCUACUGAGCGCGGCGGGCAACAUUGUGCGCAGCGCGAUCGGCGUGUAGCUGAAGUUCUAGCACUUGUAUUAAGCAUAAUAUCUAAGUCGAAAGUUAACUAAAAUAAAUUGACCUAAGUAGAACAAUAA